AUGGUUGUCAAGGUUGGUAUUAACGGUUUUGGCCGUAUUGGUCGUUUGGUUCUUCGUGCCUCUUUGGCUUACGACUCGCUUGAGGUUGUUGCCAUCAACGAUCCCUUCAUGACCGCCGAUUACAUGGCUUACUUGCUCAAGUACGAUUCCGUCCACGGCACUCUCGGCGAGCACGUGUCUGUUACCACUGACACCCUUAAGAUUGGCUCCCGUACUAUUAAAUUGUUCUUCGAGCGUGAGCCUUCCAAGAUCCCAUGGGGCAAGCACGAAGUAGAUUUCGUUGCUGAAUGCACUGGUGUGUUCACUAGCAGCGAGAAGUCUCAACAGCACAUUGAGGGUGGUGCCAAGUUGGUCAUUAUCUCUGCUCCUCCCAGCGACUCUACUCCCAUCUAUGUCUACGGUGUAAACCACACCAAAUACGAGAAGAGCCAGCGUAUUGUUUCAAAUGCUAGCUGCACGACCAACUGUUUGGCUCCUUUGGCCAAGGUUGUACACGACAAGUUCGGCAUCGUCGAGGGUCUUAUGACCACUGUGCACGCCACUACCGCUAACCAGUUGACUGUAGAUGGUGCUUCACGUGGUGGAAAGGACUGGAGGGCCGGUCGUUGUGCUGGUGGCAACAUUAUUCCUGCGAGCACUGGUGCUGCUAAGGCUGUGGGCAAAGUCAUCCCCGACCUUAACGGCAAGCUUACUGGUAUGGCCUUCCGUGUUCCUACCCCUGACGUCAGUGUCGUUGACUUGACCUGCAAACUCGCCAAGCCAGCCACUUACGAUGAGAUUGUUGCUGCCGUCAAGGCUGCCUGUGAAGGUGAGCUCAAGGGUGUCCUCGGCUGGACCGAAGACGCCUUGGUAUCUCAGGACUUCGUCCACGACAAGAGGUCUAGCAUUUUCGACGUCAAGGCUGGUAUUGCUUUGAACGACACAUUCGUGAAAUUGGUUUCGUGGUACGACAACGAAUGGGGUUUCUCCAACAGGCUUCUUGACUUGGGUCUCUACAUCUGCUCAAAGCAGUAA